UACAAUAAUAGAAAGAGCCAGGAAAGAGCGCCCAAGGUAACCAAACUCACUUCAGUUGCUGACUUGCUGUCCGAAAUGAGACAAAGGAUUAAUAAAAAGGAUGCAUCAACCUCCUCUUGGGCAGGAGCCAAAGUCCAAAAGAACAAGACUGAGUCUCGGUGGAAGAAAAGUAGCUUAAUUGCCCUGUGUGUCAUCCUCAUUUUGGUGCCUUUCACACUAAUGGUGGGAUGGGAAUUAUUCCAGCACUUUGUUUACAAGCUUAGAAUCAAGGUUCCAUUUUUUGUUGAUCUCAGACAACCUGUUGAUUUCUCCCAAAAUCACACGAUUAACAUGUACUUAACACCAGAGGAAGGAAUCUCUCUUGGUGUAUGGCACACAGUUCCUCAAACUCAAUGGAGGGAAGCACAAGGCAAGGACUUGGAAUGGUACGAAAGCACAUUAAAUGAUGGAAGUCCAGUAUUUAUUUAUCUACAUGGGAACACGGGCACAAGGGCAGCCCCUCAUCGGGUGGGAGUUGCAAAAGUAUUGAGUGCCCUCGGGUACCAUGUGUUGGUGCCUGACUACAGAGGUUUUGGAGACUCAAGCGGUGAGCCAACGGAAGCUGGACUCACUACGGAUGCCAUACAUUUGUACAAAUGGGUCAAAGAACGCAGUGGAAGCAGCCUGGUGGUCUUCUGGGGACAUUCCCUUGGCACUGGAGUGUCCACUAACACUGCGGUCAAACUAAUAGAGCAAGGUAUUGGUUUGGAUGGCGUUAUCCUCGAAGGCACCUUUCAUAUGCCCAAACAGAAACUACCAAGUCAUGUGUUUUCUUGGUAUUACUGGAAAUUCCCUGGCUGGGGAUACUUUUUUCCACAACCGUGGGCUGAAAAUAAAGUAAUCUUUCCCACGGAGAACAAUUUAAGAAAAAUUAAAAGCCCACUACUUUUCCUUCACGCGGAAGAUGAUCCCGUUCCAAUUCAGAAUGUUCGGGAAUUGUACCAGGUAGCGGUGAGAACUCAGAAUGCAGAACGAGUCAGGUUUGUGUCCUUUGAAGGUUCUUUAGGGUAUUUGCACAAUGGAAUGUACAAAGACCCCCGUCUGCCAGACAUCAUAAAAAAUUUCGUGUUGUCUUUGUAGCAUGGGAGGACGCCUACAGCAGAUGUUACACAUAUGUAUGACAUGAUGCAAAAUAUGCUUCAAAGCAGUGAUCCCCAACCACCAGGCUGGGUGGCGCAUUUGCUACUGGGCCGCAGAGAAAUAAUUUUUAACGACCACAAUCUGGCCUGUGCCUCUUGACACAUCAAUAUGCCUUUCUACUCUUAUUGACUAAUCUGAGUAGAGAUUUGUGUACCUGUAUGUCGCCCUUCAGUGGUUGGCCGCCAUUAUUGGGGUGUUUUCACACCGAUAGCAGCUCAGCAUCAAUCAAUGUAAACAGUAAUGUUAGCUGCUGUUGGUUGUGUGCUGCGGGUGGUGGCGUCUUUGGACAGCUUUUUUAUGGGGAAAGGGCCACCUGUUGAGCCAGAAAUGGUGCCUGCAAUCAAGUCAAUUUUGAAUAAUAUGUGGCUAAAAGCUAGCAAUCGAGUCAACACAAGCAAAUGCACUGAGAUCAUCAUUUCUCGUGGCGAACCGUAUUGCGAACGCCAAGAAACCUUUCACGAUUAUGGGAAGAACUUUUUCUGCCUGAGACCAAGGAUAUUUGCUGUCAAGCUUUAGGCGCGGCCGUUGUUAAAAAAAAGGUUGUUUCGGCAUAUGGUGAGUUACAUUUUCCCUGCACGUAAUGUUUGUUUUUAGCCCCGUCCUGUUAUUUUAUAUUUACUUUAAAUUUCUGUCACAAAUUGCCAGGCUGUGAAAAAAAGGCCCAUAUCACGCUGGUCCGUGGUGCUAAAAAGGUUUCGGACCACUGCUUUAAAGUAUACAAAUUUUUGCUUUACAUCAAACAUACCAUUAAUGUCAUGAUGAUUGCCAACAUAAGGAAAUAUAAUUAGGAUGAGAAAAAGCUACAGCAAAACCUAUUACUUUUUGGUGAUGAAUAAAAGUAGUGUGGGUGUUUUUUCUAAAAAUAAGUUUGUAUGAUAAUCGAUCAGAAAAAAUUCUGUUGAUUAUGACUGAUUAGUAACUAACCCAAUAGUGAUUCGUUAUUGUCUUGUUGUCUU